CUCCUAGACCAGACCAUUAUCAACAUCCUCGAGUAAGGACGUGUUACGAUAACAGUAUUUACGAUGUAUCUAGCAAUAUCUAAAUUGAUACUUGUUAUUAUCCUGAGUGAAGUGCAAAGUGCGCCAAGGAAAAAGUCCUAUACCGAGUUAAUGUCGUGUGACAUUGGCAAUUUAGCUGACGAAAUAGCAUCUUAUGAUACUGCGGUUCGGGAUAUUAUGGAUUAUGUCAUCUCCGGCCCAUUCAAAGGGAAGACAUAUCACGAAUUGGCUAAAUUUGUGGACAAGUUUGGUGCCCGUAUAUCGGGGUCCCAAGUGCUCGAAGACUCCAUAGAUUAUAUGAUAGAGUUGACUAAGGAAGAGGAGCUUAAUGACAUUAUCACCGAGGAGCUUGAGGUUCCACACUGGGUGAGGGAACAAGAAAAAAUUACUAUGUUGGAACCACGAUCAAAACUUAUUGCAUUGUUGGGCCUCGGGAAAAGCGUUAGUACUCCGCCGGAGGGAAUUACCGCAGAAGUAAUAGUACUUUCUAGUUUUGAAAAACUGGAUGAAACCCCUGUUAAAGACAUAGAAGGUAAAAUAGUAUUAUAUGACCCAGUAUUCACAACGUACGGCGAAACUGCUGUAUACAGAUCUCAAGGUGCUGCUAAAGCGGCUGCAAAAGGCGCAGUUGCAUCUUUAGUCAGAUCAAUAGCACCGUUUUCAAUCUAUACGCCACACACCGGCUCACAAAAUUACGCUGAAAACGUUACAAAAAUACCUACAGCAGCAAUUACGUUGGAAGACGCUGAUUUAAUCCGAAGAUUCCACGAUAGAGGCGAAAAAGUUGUUUUAAAUAUUAAAAUGACCAGUUCAUAUGAAAUGAAAAUUUCCAGAAAUACCCUUAUAGAUUUGAAAGGCAAGGAUAAUCCAGAAAAAUUAGUAAUAGUUUCUGGUCAUAUAGAUAGCUGGGAUGUUGGUCAAGGUGCUAUGGACGAUGGCGGUGGCUUAUUUGUGAGCUGGGCUGCUCCUGUUAUUCUAAAAAGAUUGAAUUUGAGACCAAAAAGAACAGUAAGAACUAUUUUCUGGACGGCUGAAGAGUUUGGAUUAAUAGGAGCUUAUGCAUAUGAAGAGAAACACCGAAAUGAGAGUCACAAUAUCAACUUUAUUAUGGAAUCUGAUGAAGGAACAUUUGCACCACUAGGAUUGUCCGUUGCUGGGACACAAGAAGCUCGUUGUAUUAUUGGUGAAAUAUUAAAAUUAUUCGAGUCUAUCAACGCUUCCACUCUAGUUGAAUCUGAUACGCCAGGGUCUGAUAUUCAAGUACUAAUAAAAACUGGAGUGCCAGGAGCUAGUUUACAUAACGCAAAUGAAAAAUACUUCUGGUUUCACCAUACGGAAGGAGAUACUAUGAAUGUAGAGGACCCCGAGGAACUAGAUAUGUGCACAGCUUUCUGGACGGCACUCGCGUACAUCAUAGCUGAUAUUUCUGUCGAUAUACCUCGAUAAAGCUUUAAUAUUUUCUAUAUUAUUACUGCGUUGUUUAAUGGUUUAAUUGAUGAUCAAAGUAAUAUAAAAAAAUAAAUUUUGC